AUGACUCUACUUACACCCUUCCGGUCAAGUGCCAUAUUCACCCUCAGACGAAUACCAAACCCAUCAAAUCGCAAGGUCUACACAUCCCACCACCGUCAUCUAACUACAUCGACAAUCCUCCCCCAUCUCCAAGCCCCUUCUCUGCUCGAGGCCCGAAACCCCAAACACACAAGUCUCAUCGCCUCACACCUCCAAGAACAAGGCAUCCUCAAAGUCACACUCGGGUUCAACGACCCCCAAAGUACAUACCUUCAACACCUCAUCGACUCGCUCCACCGCCAUCAUGGCCACAAGCUGCCCAUCUCUCACAGCGCCAGUCGCGGUUGGUUCUGGGACGUCCGUCCCGCCAACGACAACUUCCAAACGGAGAAUCACCAGGCUCGCUCAGAAACAAUGAACGAGUUCCCCUGGCACACGGACUGCAGCUACGAGAACCCGACACCGCGCUUCUUCGCGCUACAGGUCCUUCGACACGAUCACCUCGGAGGAGGCACACUGUCCGUCACCAGCGUAGCCAGUCUGACAGACAUUUUAUCCGAAUCCACGAGACGGGCCUUGCAAAAGGACGAGUUCCAGAUCCACAUACCCAGGGAAUUCGUCAAAAAGGCCGAACAAAAGUCCAUCACGGGCAGGAUACUAGCCAGAAGUCAAGGCCAAAGUAUCAUGCGGUUCAGGCAAGAUAUUCUUACGCCCUUGACAGAGGAUGCCAGUGCCGCACUGACCGAAUUAAACGAUACUUUGAAAAAGGUGCGCUCUUCAAACCACGCAGUUCAUCUGACGGCGUCGGAUCUCCCUACCGGUUCGGUAAUACUAGUCGACAACUUUAGAUGGUUACAUGCAAGGAAUCACGUCAAAGAUCCGGAGAGACAUCUCCGCCGAGUACGAUGGGAUGCUGUCCCCUUUGGAAGCGAUCCGUAA